UUUGCUUUGUAAAUAUAUGGACUAUUUUGAAAUUAUAGAUAAUUGUUUAAAUAGCAAAAAUGUGGUUAAAGACAUUUCUUACUAUCGUAGUGCUAAUUUCCGUUGAAGCGAAUAAUGUUUGUGACAUUAACUCUAAGGUCUUAAAAGCUGGAUAUCCAUUUGAGAAAUAUGACUUGGUUACUGAGGAUGGGUAUAUUUUGGAGGUUUACAGAAUACCAUAUGGUAAAAAUGAAACUCAGGGGCACAGACCAGUGGUAUUUAUGAUGCAUGGACUACUUUCUUCUGCUAGUUCGUUUGUUGAAUUAGGACCUAACUAUGCUAUGGCAUAUAACUUAGCUGAUGCCGGCUUCGACAUAUGGUUAGGGAACGCACGUGGCGUUUGCAACUCCAGACGUCACAUCACCCUGGACCCUGAUGACAACAACCAAAAGGCUGAAUUCUUCAAAUUUUCCUGGGAAGAAAUCGCUCUAUACGACCUCCCACUUCUACUCGAUUUCGCUUUGAAAACAUCUGGACAGGAAAAGCUUCACUACAUUGGUCAUUCUCAGGGUGGAGCCACUUUUCUGGUCCUGAACUCUAUGAGGCGUGAAUAUAAUGAGAAAAUCGAAUCAGCUCAUUUGAUAGCUGGCGUCGGAUAUAAACGCAACUUUCCAAAUCUUCUAUUAAGUAGUUUUGCUACUUACACCAGUGUGUUGUAUGACUUUGUAAGAACUUUAGGUCUUCAUGAGCUCAAAUAUGAAUGGAUAGCAUCCGAUAACGAGAAACCAGCAGAAAUUGGAGAGUACAAAGUAUCAUUGCGAGACUUGGGAACGUCAGCAUCACUAAAGCAACUAUCACACUUCGGGCAGAACGUAAGAGACAAAACCUUUAGAAGAUGGGAUUAUUCUUUACUAGAGAACUUUUUUCACUACGGCUCACCAUCUCCACCUGAAUACAAUUUGAGAAGAGUGAACGUAGAUAUUACGAUGCAUUACACGAUCGCUGAUUCGUUGUUAGACGAAAGGGAUGUUUUAGCUAUGGUUAAUGACCUUCCGAAUGCCAAAGCGCGUAAAAUACCCAAAGACAACUUUUCGCAUUAUGACUUUGUUCAAUCGUCAUUUGUCAAACCGUUGGUCACAGAUUAUAUUAUAAGCGACUUGAAAAGUCGAUAAAGGCAAAAUAUAUGUUAAUAACAGUUCUUUAAAUAUUUUUGGGAUCAGAUUGCGUCUCUAAAAUGCGAGCAUCCGCUCAAGUAAGGUUAAGUAACUUCAAUAGUGAUUUCGUACGAUUUCAACUUAGGUAAAAUAGGUCAUAGGCUUUAAAUACAAAUGUCUGGCUCUAAUUAACCAAUUGGGACAAAUAUUGAUGUGCUGUUGAUGUUGCAGAAUAGACUUGCUGCUUCAAUCUAUUUAGUUUAGUAAUAUUUGUUGGCGUCAUUUAGGUAACUUGGCAAGGUUUUGCGGGAAAAAAAAACUACCUCUCACGAUUCUCGCUUAUUAUUAACACAUUAUGAUUCAUACUAUGUUGUAUUACACUGCUAUAAAAAAUAGAAAAUCAAUCAUAUAUAUAUAGGUAUAG